CACAUAACAAGUUCUUGCUUGAAAACGCUUUACUUUAUUUUCCAGCCAUCGGGGAGAUACAGCACAUCUGACACGCAGAAAGACUCGACAUCCUCAGCUUGUAGGUUAGACUUACCAUUAGUGAUCAUGACAGAAAGUGGCACAAGUGAAGACGCCCGCAGACCCUCAACAGCUGCAGUAGCAUGCUCCAAGGUGAUUCUCAGCAUCUUGCCGGUCACUCAGAUAACAAUUGGAGCACUGUACCAAAAUGACUGCCCAAAGCAGCACUACAUCCCCAUCUACUUGGAGGUAAUGGGAGGCUACAAACUGCUGUUAAUUUGGCUCCCCUUCCUGCGACUCAACCACCUCUCGUCUAACACUUCCUUCAGAGGCCUGACAAUUGCCUUCCUCUUAUGCUGGUUCAUCACCGGUAAUGUGUGGAUCUACUCAAUCUAUGAACCCAACUACAAUAAGACAAUAACCGACUUAGAUCCUUACUGCAACAAGACGCUCUACCUUUUUGCCUUCUGGACCACCAACAUGAAGUACAUCCUAAUAGGUCUGCUCCUUUGUGUCUGCUGCUGUUGCAAGCGUCACCUUCCGAGUGACAUGGCGUUGCCAAGAUGACAAUCUAAUCCCACUGGUGGGGCGCAGAACUACAAACAAUCUGAUUUCACCUCUGCCUGCCUGCUGGAUCAGCCUUUGGGACAAGCUCACCAUUCAACCAGCCAAACCAGCCAUGCCAGCCUGGCCUGCACAACCAACACACUCGGAGAGUACCCCAAAACCCUGAGUCAUUUCCACACCUCUUUACAUUAUAUCAAACUGUUAAAGUG